UCGCCUGGGUGGUAGCCUUGUGACAUUCCCAACCAAAGUUCCACCAAAAAUCUUGCCAUUUUUCGUGAGUUUUUAAAUUAAGAAACUCCAUCGCAUAUUGUGUGAUUAAAUGCUGUAACCAUUCAAGUAGUAUUUGCAAGUUGAUUUGCAAUGUUCGCGCUACGACACCUGCGACUGCAGAGCUCGCGCCACUUUCGCAGCUCUUAUGCGGCGGCGGCAACAACAAAACACAUGCUACCCCGGCUACCAGCGCGUGUUCUGAUUGGAGAUUUGAGCCACUGGGACAGGCGGCAGAUGCAGGAUUUAAGCUCCAGCUCCAGGAGUUCGAGUACAGCCACUGAACCCGCGAAGCCUCGAACGCCGGUGGAGGAACUGCUGGCCGCCGCCAAACCCUAUGCCCAACUAAUGCGAAUCGACCGGCCCAUUGGAACGUACCUGCUUUUCUGGCCCUGCGCCUGGAGCAUAGCUCUCAGCGCGGAUGCGGGCUGCUGGCCGAAUCUCACCAUGCUGGGCUUGUUCGGCACUGGGGCACUGAUCAUGCGCGGCGCCGGCUGCACCAUCAACGAUCUCUGGGACAAGGACAUCGAUGCCAAGGUGGAACGAACCAGGAUGCGACCCUUGGCCUCCGGACAGAUCAGUCAGUUCGAUGCCAUUGUCUUCCUCUCCGCGCAGCUCAGUUUGGGUCUUCUAGUCCUGGUUCAGCUCAACUGGCAGUCCAUAUUGUUAGGGGCCAGUUCGCUGGGCCUGGUGAUCACCUAUCCGCUGAUGAAGCGGGUCACCUACUGGCCCCAGCUGGUCCUGGGCAUGGCCUUCAACUGGGGCGCCCUGCUGGGCUGGUGCGCCACCCAGGGGGGUGUCAACCUGGCCGCUUGUCUGCCGCUCUACCUCUCCGGCGUUUGCUGGACCAUCGUAUAUGAUACAAUAUACGCCCACCAGGACAAGUUGGAUGAUUUACAGAUUGGGGUGAAGUCCACGGCCUUGAGAUUUGGCGAGAACACCAAGGCUUGGCUGUCUGGUUUCACGGCAGCUAUGCUGACGGGUUUGUCCGCCGCUGGCUGGGCCUGUGAUCAAACGGUGCCCUAUUACGCGGCUGUGGGAAUCGUUGGUGCUCAUCUAGUGCAGCAGAUAUACUCCCUUAAUAUUGACAACCCGAGUGACUGUGCCAAGAAGUUCCUAUCGAAUCAUCAAGUAGGACUCAUUCUCUUUCUGGGCAUUGUUCUGGGCACGCUCCUGAAAUCAGACGAGACCAAAAAAAUGCACCAAGCCACACUGACACCAAGCUCCUAUGUCCCCGCGCUGCCCCAACAGCCAGAGGUUAUAAGCUGAGAUAAUCCAGCCCAGUAGAACUUCUAGUGUUAGUUAAUGUUUAUAGCGCGCUUUUUUGUUCGCCAAAACCAAAGUCUUUAGGUAUCUGAUUAGGUAAAACCGUGUAUAUAGGCUUGUGACCAUUUUUAGUUUAUUUGCAAUAUUUUAAAUCUUAAAAAAAAUUGCUAACUCACUUGAACAAUAAUUAAAAGUUAAUUAUAAGUGCCGGCCUUGACGUAAUGACUUACGUAAAUCACCCGUCCCCUGAGUCCCCUUUUACUUUUCAAAACAAACUGGUUUCUGUAUUAAAUUCUAAUGUGUUAUUUAUUAUUAUACAGAUUUUGGUUGUCUAUUGAAAGCCAAA